AUGGCCUUGGCCAACCUUUCCUCCUCCCCAGAGUUCCUCCUGCUCGGCCUGAUGGAUGGCACCGACAUCCACCCGCUGCUCUUCCUGCUCUUCCUCGGGGUCUACCUGCUCAACGCGCUGGGCAACCUGAGCAUGGUGGUGGUGGUGCGGACCGACGCGGCCCUCCGCUCGCCCAUGUACUACUUCUUGGGCCACCUGAGCCUCGUCGACGUCUGCUUUACCACCGUGACGGUCCCCCGCUUGCUGAUCGGCCUGCUCCACCCGGGCCAGGCCGUGUCCUUCGCGGGAUGCUUCUCCCAGAUGUACUUCUUCGUGGCGCUGGGCAUCACCGAGAGCUACCUGCUGGCGGCCAUGUCCUACGACCGCGCCGUGGCCGUGUGCCGGCCGCUGCACUACGGCGCCGUGAUGACGCCCCGGCGCUGCGCGGCGCUGGUGGCCGCGUCCUGGGCGCUGUCGCACCUGCACUCGCUGCUGCACACGCUGCUCAUCUCCGCGCUCUCCUACCCGCAAGCGGCCGCCGUGCGCCACUUCUUCUGCGACAUGACGGUGAUGCUGAGCUUGGCCACGUCGGACACGUCGGCGGCCGAGACGGCCAUCUUCACGGAGGGCCUGGCCGUGGUGCUGACCCCGCUGCUCCUCGUGUCCCUCUCCUACACGCACAUCCUGGUCACGGUGUUGGGGGUGCAGUCGACGGGAGGCCGGCGCCGCGCCUUCUCCACCUGCGGGGCCCACCUGGUGGUGGUGUCCCUCUUCUUCGGCUCCGUCCUCUCCGUCUACUUCCGGCCAUCGUCGGCCUACUCGGCCCGCUAUGACCGCUUUGCUAGUGUGGUCUACGCGGUGGUCACACCAACCUUGAACCCUUUCAUCUACAGCCUUCGCAACAAAGAAGUCAAGGGCGCCCUGAAAAGGGGGUUCAGAUGGAGGGCUGUACCCCAUGAGGUGUGA